GAGGAGGGCCCGCCGCGGGGCGGCGGGGGGGGCGAGGAGGCCGCGGCGGAGCAGCAGCCGCGGGCGGAGGAGGAGGAGGCCAGGCGCCGGGCGGCCGAGGGGGAGGCGCGGAGGCGGGCCGAGGAGGAGGAGGAGGCCGAGGAGGCGGCGCGGCAGGAGGUGCUGCUCCGGGCGCGGGAGCGGCGCACGCAGCAGCGGGCCGAGGAGGAGGCGCGGAGGCGGCAGGAGGAGGAGGAGGCCGCCCAGCGGCAGGAGGAGCAGCGGCAGCGGCAGGAGGAGCAGCGCGAGGGGAAGCUCGAGGAGGACCUGUGGGCGCACGCCAGGGAGGAGGCCGCCGACAACGGCCCUAUCUCGGGAGGAGCCCCUCGGGGAGGCCGAGGAGGGGGCAUGCGACGCGAAGCCCGAGCAGGGCGAGGGCAGGAAGGCCGCGGAGCCCGCGGUGAUCCGCCGCGCGAGCGUGCGGGCGGAGUGGGCGAGGGAGGCCAGAGAGAGGAAGAAGGCCUGGCAGGAGGACGGCGGCGGGGACGACAGCGACGACGAGGUGACCCUGGAGGACGUGCAGAAGUGGAAGGAGGAGGAGGAGCGCCGCGAGAGGGAGGAGAGCGCGAGGCCGCCCGGCAACGGCGCCGCGAGGAGCUGCGCAGGGCGGAGGAGGAGGAGGAGCGGCAGAAGCGGGAGGCGGAGCAGAUGGCGCAACGCGAGGCCGAGUACGAGCUGGCCCUGGAGGCGGAGAAGCGGAAGAAGGAGAGGAGCAGAAGGCGAGGGAGGAGGCCGAGCUGGCGCGGCAGCUGGCGGCGCAGGCGGCCGCCGCGCCCCAGCUCGUCGCCCAGCCCCCGCCGGCGCAGCCUCCGCCCAUGCUGCCCCCGCCUGGCGCCGCCCCGCCGCUGCUGCGGCCCCCAGGCGCAGCCGCCGUAGCCGUACACGUGCCCCCGCCGCC